CUGAAAGAGAAGAAGCUGGUGGAGGAGAAGGAGAACGGCAAAGAUGCUGCCACCAACGGGAAGGAGAACGAGAAUGGCGAGCCCGAGGUAGACGACGAGGACGAGGACGAGGAGGUGGACGAGGAGGACGAGGAAGAUGAUGGAGAAGGCGAAGAGGACGAAGACGACGACGACGACGAGAUCGAGGGCGGCACAAAGCGGGCAGCCGAUGACGAUGACGACGAGGACGAGGACGACGUUGAAACCAAGAAGCAGAAAACCGACGACGAUGAUUGAUGUGCCCCCGCCCCCCCGUCCUGCUGAACCACUUCCUGGUUCUCCACCUGUGACGGUUUUUAUGUGCCACGGGUGGAGGGCCCGGAGGACUGAUUUAAAAGGAGAAAAUAAUAAUAAAAAAUGAAAUAAAACCCCCACAUGGUCAUUAGAAAGUAGAGUUCAACAUCGAAACGCUCAACUCAUUUUUCUAGAAGAACCCGCCAACGCAUCGACGCAGAAAUCCGGCUUUUCUUCAACAACAACAACACGAAAAGGAGAAUUUGUUUGUAUUUUUAUUUACAUUUUAUAUUUUUGUACAUAUUGUUAGGGGGGGUCGAUUUCCCCCUCGGCAGCGAUCUCGUCAGACCAAAUCGGUGCUUCUUUAAGGAAAGAUUUAACUUGGUUGACCACGUUACGAUAUCUCAAAAGAAAACAAACCUCUUAAAGCCGUUGAACUCAGAGCAUUCCAGUAAAUUUAAUGUAUGUACUUUAGCUGUACCAUAACUAGUUGUUUGUAUGGGAGGCUGAAGGCCAAAGAGAAGAGCCUCUUUUCUUUUUCCUGCUUUUCCUUUUGUUUUAUGACGGCCUGUUUUGAUGUAUGUGCAAAGUUUGUUGUUUGACAAUAAACCGGACUUUUAUUUUGUGAGUUGUA